AUGGCCCUCAUGAACGUCGAUCAAGUCCCCCCCACCAAGCCAGAGGAAAAGACCGCGGAGGUUCUUGUAACCCCCUGCGAUCCGUGGCCCGCCCCAUACUACCUGGAAGAUGGCUUCCGUCGCGUUAAGCCCUAUCACUACACAUAUAACACCAACUGCAAGGAGCGAUGGAGGGGCCGCCAAUUGGUUGAAAUCUUCACUUCCGAGUUUCGAGAUCGCAAACCUGAAUACUAUAGAAGCGCCCUUGAAAACGGCCUCGUGCAGGUCAACGGCGUGCGGGCCUACCCCGACACAGUGAUCAAGAACGGCCAAGUCAUCUCUCAUACCCUCCACCGCCACGAACCGCCUGUUACAAGCCUACCGGUGGGAAUCAUCUUCGAGGAUGAUGACCUCAUCGUCAUUGAUAAGCCCGCUGGUGUACCUGUACACGCUGCAGGCCGUUACCACUUCAACUCGGUCAUUGAAAUUCUGCGCUCCGAGCGCGGUUCUGAAUGGCUCCCUCGCCCGUGUAACCGACUCGACCGAUUGACCUCCGGAAUCAUGUUUAUUGGAAAACACGCCAAGGGAGCAGAGAAAAUGGCUACGGCGCUAAAGUCGCGCACCGUGCAGAAGGAGUAUGUGGCGCGUGUCAAGGGCAAGUUCCCGGACGGUGUGAUUGUCUGCGACCAGCCCAUCAUGCAGGUUAGCCCGAAGUUGGGCUUGAACCGUGUGCGCGCCACUGGAAAAGAGGCAACUACGAAAUUCCGCCGUCUGGCUUACUACCCACCGGAAAAAUACGAGCCCAAUACCGAUGGACAUGAUGGUCGCCCUGCCACCCCGCCUCUGACACUCCACAAUGAAGACGAGGGAUAUAGUAUUGUGCACUGCUUCCCGUUGACUGGUCGUACACACCAAAUCCGUGUUCACCUUCAAUUCCUGGGCCACCCCAUCAGCAACGACCCAAUCUACUCCAAUCGCCGUGUCUUCGGGCCAGAGCUCGGCAAAGCCGAAGCGAGCGCGGACCGCGACGAAGAGAUUGUCGCGCGGCUAUCACUUAUGGGCAAGACCGAGAUCCCCGAUACAGUUUCUUACCGUACACACCUGACUGCGGCACCAAAUGUGCCCGCAGGCACGGACCCAGUCCUUGUCAAUGAGAUCAUGCACCGGGAACAGAUGGCCGCAGCCGAAAGCUACGAGAAGCGCAAGGGCGAAAAGCUGUCCGGGAUAUUCUGCGACGUCUGUGGCACCGAACUCUACUCCGACCCGGGUGUCCAUGAGCUCGGUAUCUUCUUGCAUGCUGUCGCGUACGCCGAUCGUGAUGGUGACUGGGCUUACCGUAGUCCCAUGCCUCAUUGGGGUUUGCCUCCACCGGGCUUGGAAGGACCCCGUGAAGUACCAGACUGGGUUCCUGCUGCCGAAGGCGAAGAACACGUCAUUGGAAACGGGACUAUUCCUCCUGGCUUGGGUGACGAGGAUCAUGCUGCAGAUGCACAGACUGGUUCUGUGUUGCUGGAGGGUGUUGGUCUUGUCAAUAUUUCGGAUGCUGCUAAGAUGGCGAACGGUGCUUCAAAUGAGGCUGCCGCUGCUGCGGCUCCGAACUAA